AUGAAGGACACAAAAGCGGCGCGCGCAAUUAGCGAGUCCUCAACCACGUCCGAUAACACCUCCGACUUCAUCGAUAUCGUGAAGCGGUACGACGUGGUCUACAACAACCACAAUCCGGACUACAAGAACGUGGAAGUAAAGCUGAAGGUGUGGACGCAAAUCGCGGACGAGAUUGGGCUGUCAGUGGAAGCCUCAAAGCGAAAAUGGAAGAACUUACGCGACAGUUACACAAAAUAUCUGCGCUCCUUUCGAGUGGGCACCAAAACCUCCAAGAAAUACCAGUAUUGGGCCCAUGCCGAUCACAUGGAGUUCCUGAAGCCCUUUCAGGGACCGGGCAGAAACUCCGCCAACGGCAAUGGAAAGUCAAAUGAUGAGGAGGACACCGAAUGCGACUUUGGCUACCAAGUUCUGGCCAAGGCGACUAGCAACGCAGGCGAGGAUGAGCUGAAAAUUACCAUAGCCACUGCAUCGGCCAGUUGCUCGGCUCUGAGCACGAACACGGUGAACACCUACACGACGGCCGUGACCAGCACAGGAGCACCCACACUAACGCCCAGCCUGGGCGUGGCUACUCCACCGAAUCUGAUCUCCCCUGGCAGCAACAUAGGAAUGGGUCCCCAGAACCAUAACAGCAACAGCAAUGGCAGCCUCAACUGUGCCGCAGUGGCUCCUCUCAGUGCCCUGACGCCGCCUGCCACCACGAAUUCCAAUAGCGCCGUUGUCCUGCCCCUGCCCGCCACCGUUAGCAAAGCCAACUCCAACGCCAAUGCCCUGGCCUCUCUGGCCUCUCAUCUGCCCCUUGGCAUGGGCGUGGGUGUGGGUGGACUGGCACAGCAGAUGUUCCCACUGGCCACGCUAAAGGCGGCUGCGGCCGCUGCUGGAAUUCCGCUGCCUCCCACUGUCACGCCUCCCAGCUGCAGCAACGCCAGCAACAGUAACGUGGGCUGCCUGAUCAUCGAGCCGCAUCUGUUCGCGGCUGCCGACAACUUCAAGAAGGAGCUGAACGCAGCUGCUGCGGCCGGAGCACCGCUCGGUCUCUUCCAGAACUUGGCCAAUCAGGUCCAGAACGCAAACAACCUAAGCCUGAGCCGCCUGAAUGGCAGCAAUGGACUCCUGGGCAAUCCCACACCACCACCUCCACCCCCGCCCGUUACAAACGCAACGAAGGUGCGACGCGUCCAGCCCUCUCCCCAGACAGCGGCCAUCAAUUUAAGUUGCUCGGCCCCGCCCAGCCAGCAGCCGACUCAAGCCAAGAUGCGCAAGAUCAGCGAUCCCCGUUUCCCCAGCGACUGGGAUGUGUCCGCCGUGUUGCAGGCCAACCGCGAGCUAGACGCCAACACUCUCUUCUUCCUGAGUCUGGCGCGACAGGUGCGUGCCAUGCCCAUGAAGUUCCAGUCGCUGGCCAAGAUGCGUUGCAUGCGCAUCGUGAGCGACAUCGAGCUGGAGCUGGAAAACUAUGACUGCAACGGGGGAGCGCCGCCCGACGAGACGGUCGCAGCCAACAUGAAGUACUGCAGCAUGGACACUCCGCCACCUCCGCCCCAGGACGGAUCCAUGAUGAUGGCCCCGCAUUCUAUGGCCCCCGAGGGUUCCACGGAACACUUUGUGUACGUUAUGUCCCCCUCGCGGGUGGAGAGCAUGAUCGACAUAUCCUCCGACGAGGAGACCACAAUGAACGGUGGCGCUUCCGCCGUGGGAUCGGGAUAGGUUUACUGACAUGGCGUGGCGUGUAUUUAUGUACAAUUUAUCUUUAAUUAUACCACUAUGUAUAUCAAUUA